UUCAUGCAGGCGAACAGGAAGCAGCGCGAGCCCGUGAAUACUAAACGCGCUGGGGAACGGAUCGUUGCGCUUUUACGGCUCUUUUUUCAUCCCUUUGAAGGGAAACGCGGUGAAACAAAGCAAGCUAACGGAAUUAUUUCAUCCAUUACAGCAAGAGCCAGACACUUUUCUGUAUUGUUUCUUUUUUAAAGACUCCCAUUUUGGUGAUCGGUUGUUUUAAAAAGAAGGGCGUGUGGUUUUCCGGAGAGGGAGCUGGUGCAUGUGAAUCUUGUACGUUAUAUUUGACGUUCAGAUCAUCGUGAGGAUGGGCUGCACCUUAAGCACGGAGGAUAAAGCGGCGGUGGAGAGGAGUAAAAUGAUCGACAGAAAUCUGAGAGAUGACGGAGAGAAAGCAGCCAGAGAGGUCAAACUCCUCUUGCUCGGUGCUGGGGAGUCUGGCAAGAGUACAAUAGUCAAACAAAUGAAAAUCAUCCAUGAGGCUGGCUACUCGGAGGAAGAGUGCAAACAGUACAAAGCUGUCGUCUACAGCAACACGAUUCAGUCUAUCAUUGCUAUUAUCCGUGCCAUGGGGCGACUCAAGAUCGACUUCGGGGAUGCAGCACGAGCGGAUGAUGCCAGGCAGUUGUUUGUGCUGGCAGGCAGUGCUGAGGAGGGCUUCAUGACAGCAGAACUUGCUGGUGUGAUCAAGCGUCUGUGGAAAGAUGGAGGAGUGCAGGCCUGUUUCAGCCGAUCCAGAGAGUACCAGCUCAAUGACUCUGCAGCAUAUUACCUGAAUGAUUUGGACAGAAUAUCGCAGGCCACGUAUAUACCCACCCAACAGGAUGUGCUGAGGACCCGAGUCAAAACCACAGGCAUCGUGGAGACACACUUCACUUUCAAAGAUCUGCACUUCAAGAUGUUUGAUGUGGGAGGUCAAAGGUCAGAGCGAAAGAAAUGGAUCCACUGUUUUGAAGGCGUGACUGCCAUUAUCUUCUGUGUGGCCCUGAGUGACUAUGACCUGGUGCUGGCUGAAGAUGAGGAGAUGAACCGAAUGCACGAGAGCAUGAAGCUGUUCGACAGCAUCUGUAAUAACAAGUGGUUCACGGACACCUCUAUCAUCCUGUUCCUGAAUAAGAAGGAUCUGUUUGAGGAGAAGAUCAAGAAGAGUCCACUCACCAUCUGCUACCCAGAAUACGCAGGGUCAAAUACAUACGAGGAGGCGGCCGCCUAUAUCCAGUGUCAGUUCGAGGACCUGAACAAGCGGAAAGACACCAAGGAGAUCUACACCCACUUCACCUGCGCCACUGACACCAAGAACGUGCAGUUUGUUUUUGACGCUGUGACAGACGUCAUCAUCAAGAACAACCUGAAGGACUGCGGACUGUUCUAGAAGCCGGUUUGCAUCUGGUGAAACUCAAGCCAGAGUUUUGAUGUGCAUUUUGUUUGGAGAAAGAUUGCAAGACUAAGUAUGGAGAAAAUUGGUCCCGGACCAGUGCUGUAAAUUCCGCCACUUUUGUCAACUUUAUUUAUGGUUUUUGUUUUUGGAAAUUUUAAAAAGUAGCAUUUCAAAAAUAAAUUUUGUUGAAUGUUCGCUCAGUCAUUCGCUCUGUCAGCGCUCAGUCUAUGUCGUUUAUUUUCCCCAGACACAUGUUUGUUUCUUUUUAAACGAGGGAUUUCUUCUUAUUAUGCUUUCUUGCAUCAGAGGAGUUCCCCUUUAAUUGUAAUGUUACAUUUAUUUUUUGACUUUGCUGUACUUGUUAUGGGGAGAGAGGAAGACUGUGCUGCUCAAUCCAGUGUUUUGGUUCUCGUGCCUUUGCAUGCCUUACUUGCAGUCUUUGUCCAUUUGCUUGCGUUUGCCUGCUGAAUAUCUCUCCAAUGUCAAAAAAUGGAAAAGUUUCAUACUGGAUGUUACUAAUCUCCCUGAAAGCACAAGUCCUCAUAUGCAUAGAAUGUGAGUUUGUAUGUGUGUGUGAGAGAGAGAGAGUAUAAGUGUAGCUGUUUGUAUGUACAUAUAUAAUAUAGGCCAGCGUAGGGAAAACUAAUGGUUAAUACAGUGAGCGGUGGUCCAAAACUCCCAAGUUUCCAUGGAAACAAGAAUCGAGCCACUUCAAAUGGAGGCAGGUCCUGUUCCUCUGUUAGAUGCUGAGACAUUCCGCAUGCAGGACAUGGAAUCUGUCUGUCAAGCAACUGUCAUCAGACACAGACCACCACUGCAACAGCUCAUUGCUCGGAGAAUGGCACGUAGUCAAGGAACGUCACUGAGCAGACAAAAGGACUGAGAAGGGUUUCAAGAUUUUCCAGUGAAACAAUAUGAAAAUGUUGGUUAAGAGACAUUUGAGGCAAGCGAUACUGUUGAUUCAUUAUGAAGAAAACUGCCACCUCUGUCUGUGCGUUCUGUAUAUUGGGGGAACAUUUGUACGCUCAUUUCCCUUAUUUUGCUAAUAAAAAGCAUUUACUUCCUGA